AUGCAAUUUUAUCAGAAUAAUAAAAGUAUAUAGACAGGUACAUAAAGAUUAAUAAUAUUAAGCUACCAUAAUGAACUUUUGUUAACUUAUUAGAUUUAACAUUAAUUCAAGAUUAAUCCAUAGAUCUAUUGCAGAAAGGAUGAUAUAAAGUUCUAGCAGAUUAAAAAAUCAAAUCUGGAUAAAAAACUAGGAAAUAAGAUUUAGUAAGAAAAUUGAUGUGAUAAAAAAUCAAUUAAAAAUACAAAAAAACAAUAUUAGAUUUAAGGAGACAUCGAAAUCUUAUGAUUCAGCUAUUUAGAAAAUUAAUGAUGAAUCAAUCUCUUAUUUUUAAAAAGGUGUAAUAAAAUCUGUAUAAUUUCAUAGCUGAUUCUUUAUUUGAAAUGAAUAGAUUUGAAGAAGCGUUAGAAUAUUAUGAUAAAGCCAUUCAGAAAAAUCCUGAAAAUUCUGAGUAUUAUUUUGGUAAAGGUAUUAAGAAGCAAUUUAUAAAUUUUAGCCAAUACUUUAAAUAAUAUGAAUCGAUUUGAAGAAGCAUUAGAGUAUUAUGAUAAAUCAAUUAAGAAAGAUCCUAAAAAUUCUGAGUAUUAUUUUUGCAAAGGUAUUAAGAAAACAUUUAUAAAUUUUAGCUAAUACUUUAAAUAAUAUGAAUAGAUUUGAAGAAGCAUUAGAAUGUUAUGAUAAAGCGAUUGAAAAGGACCAAGCUAAUUCAAGAUAUUUUACAAAUAAAGGUAUCAAAUAGGAAUUAUGAAUUAUUUUAGCAAUUAAUUUAGAUGACAUGAAUAGAUAUGAGGAGGCGUUAGUAUAAUUUGAUUUUGCAAUUUAAAAAGACCCAAAAAAUUCAGAUAAUUAUUUUGCUAAAGGUAUCAAAAUACAGUUAUUAAAUUUAGCUAAAACUUUAUGUAAAAUGAAUAGAUUUGAAGAAUCAUUACAGUAUAUAGAUAAAGCAAUUAAAUAAAAUCCAGAAGAUUCAGAUUAUUAUUCUGCUAAAGGUAUUAAACAACAAUUAUAAAAUUUUAGCUCAGAUUUUAAAGAAAAUGAAUAGAUAUGAGGAGGCGUUAAAAUAAUUGGAUUUUGCAAUUUAAAAAGACCCAUAAAAUUCAGAUAAUUAUGCUAAUAAAGGUGCUCAAACUUAAAUAUUAAAUUUUAGCUAAUGCUUUACAUAGAAUGAAUAGGUUUGAAGAUGCAUUGAAAUAUUAUGAUUUUGCAAUUUAAAAAAACUCAGAAGAUCCAGAUAAUUAUGCAGGCAAAGGUAUAAAUCCAUAGUCAUUAAAAUUUUAGCUAGUGUUUUACAUGAUAUGAAUAGAUUUGAAUUAGCUUUAAUAUAAUAUGAUAUUGCUAUUUAAAAAAAUCCAGAAGAUUCAAUGAAUUAUGCUGCUAAAGGUAUUAAGAAAAUGAACAAAAUUAUAGCCAAUACUUUAAAUGAUUUAAAUAGAUUGGAAGAAGCGUUAAAAUAUUAUGAUAUUGCCAUUUACUAUGAUCCUGAAUGUUCUGAUCAUUAUGUUAAUAAAGGUAUUGAAAAAAUAUUGUUAACUAUAGUCUCUACCUUAUGUAAAAUGGGGAGAUUUGAAGAUGCAUUAAAAUAUUCUGGUGAGGCUAUUGAAAAAAAUCCAGAGAAUUCAGAGAAUUAUGCAAAUAAAGGUUUUUUAAAACGAUAAAGAUUUUUAGCUAAUGUUUUAAAUUUACUGAAUAGAGACGAAGAAGCAUUAAUAUAUUAUAAUUAAGCGAUUUAAAAAAAUCCAGAGAAUUCAAUAUACUAUGCUAAUAAAGGUUUUUCAGAUAGUUAAUAUCAUUUAGCCAAAACAUUAAAUAAAAUGAAAAAGUUAGAAGAUGCUUUGAAAAUGUUUAAUAAAGCUAUAAAAAAAAAUCCUGAAAAUCCAUAAUAUUUCUAUUGUAAAGGUAUACGAAAUGAUUAUUAUUAAAUUUUAGCUAACAAUUUAAAUGAUAUGAAUAGAUAUUCAGAAGCAUUAGAAUUUUACAAUCAUGCCAUUUAUCUAAACUCAACAAAUUCUGAUUACUAUGGUGCUAAGGGUAUUAAUAAAAGUAUUUUUCAUUUUUUUAGCUAAUAUUUUAUAAAAGUUGGAUCGUUAUGAAGAAGCAUUAGUAUAGUAUGAUUAAGCUAUAAAAAACAACCCAUUCGGCUCUCAUCAUUAUGCAAAUAAAGGUUUUAUAAUUGAUUCAUUAAAUUUUAGCUGCAGCUUUAUAGAAAUUGUAAAGAUUUGAUGAAGCUUUGUAAUUUUAUAAUUAAGCUAUUGACGGAAAUCCGGAAGUUUCAACAUAUUUUUUUAAUAAAGGUUUAAAAAUAAAAAAAUUAAAUUUUAGCUAUCACUUUACAGGAAAUGAAUAAAGAUGAAGAAGCAUUAAAAUUUUAUGAUUAGGCUAUAGAGAGAGAUUCAAAGGAUUCAAGAUAUUAUAUUAAUAAAGGUAUCCCAUAGUGAUAUUCCAAUUGUAGGUGAACUUUUACAAAAGCAAAAUAAACUUGAAUAAGCAGUAGAAUAAUACGAUUAUGCCAUUAAGUAUAAUCCUGAAAAUUCAAAAUAUUUCUUUUACAAAGGUAUUCAUUCGCAAUUAUGUUAUCUUAGCGAAUAUUCUAUCAAAAAUGAAUAGAUAAGAAGAAGCAUUAACUUUUUAUGAUUUAGCGAUUAAAUUAAACCCUUAAGAUUCAGAGAAUUAUGUUGGUAAAGGUAUUCAAAAAAAAAAUUAUACAAUUUAGCUAAUACCUUAAAUGAUAUGAAUAAAUUUGAAGAAGCAUUAAAAUAAUAUGAUUAUGCAAUUAAUAUACACCCAAAUGAUUCAAGAUAUUAUGGAAACAAAGGUCUUAAUAAUAUUAUUAAUAUUAAGCUAAUACUUUAGUUAAACUUAAUAGAUUUACAGAAGCAUUAGAAUAUUAUGAAUAGGCAAUUAAAAAUAAUCCAGAAAAUCCGAUAUACUUCUUUAAUAAAGGUAUUAAAAAAAUAAAUAAUAAAUUUAAAGCUGUUACUUUAGAUUAAAUGAAUAGAUUUGAAGAAGCAUUAGAAUAUUUUGAUUAUGCUAUUUAGAGAAAUUAAAAUGAUUCAAGUUAUUAAACAUGUAAAGGUAUAAGCAAGAAACAAAUAUAAAUUUUUUAGCAAAAGUCUUAGAAAAAAUAAAAAAAUUGUAAGAAGCCCAAUAAUAGGAGAAUAAUGUAAUUCAGAAUAACUUAAAUAAUUCAAACUAUUAAUCUAUUUAAGUAAUAUACAUUAAUAAUUUUUUUAGCUUGAAAUGAAUGAUGAGUCAUUAUAGUGA